GAGAACAUAGAGAUCGGGAGAGAGAUCAAGAGAGAGAAGAAGAGAAGUUUGAUCUUGUGAGAGAACAUGGCUGCUUCAGUGAUGCUUUCAUCAGUGACAUUGAAACCUGCGGGUUUCACGGUGGAGAAGAUGUCGGCGAGAGGAUUACCGUCGCUCUCAAGAGCUUCUCCUUCUUCCUUCAGAAUCGUCGCGAGUGGCGUCAAGAAAAUCAAGACAGACAAGCCCUUUGGGGUUAACGGCAGCAUGGACUUGAGGGACGGCGUCGACGCUUCCGGCAGAAAGGGCAAGGGAUAUGGUGUUUACAAAUUCGUGGACAAGUACGGUGCAAACGUUGAUGGAUACAGUCCUAUCUACAACGAGGACGAGUGGUCAGCAAGUGGUGACGUGUACAAGGGAGGACUCACUGGUCUGGCGAUUUGGGCGGUGACACUCGCCGGAAUUCUUGCCGGAGGAGCUCUUCUUGUGUACAACACUAGUGCUUUGGCUCAGUAAAAUCAUGAAAGUGUGUGUACUUAUGCUCAUCUGUUUUUAGCGUCAUUGUUCUGUUUUAUGUAAUGUUGUUAAAGUAACUUAAAGAACAUACUUUGAAUAUACAAGACCUCUAGUGUUUGUAUAUAA